GCUCGACAGCGCACUCGACCCAACCCAUGUUGUCUUCUGCUCGUCGCUCGCUGCCCCAAACACUGCGCUCGAGGGCCUCAGUGGCACGCGUGCAGACCGCCGCUAUCUCAUCUAUCAGCCGAUCGCCCCUUCUUGCCCGUUCUGUGCUUCCUGUCGCGUCUGUACUCAAGCCAGCAUCUUCCGCUCGCACCAUGUCCAGCCACGCAGAGUCCGCCGUCCGCCCACAGCCCGACAAGGUCGUGCAAGACAUUGCGGACUACGUACACGACUACGAGAUCAAGUCGCCGCUCGCAUGGGAAACCGCACGUCUAUGCCUGAUUGACACCAUCGGCUGUGGGCUCGAGGGCCUCAGGUUUCCUGCGUGCGCCAACCUUUUGGGGCCCGUCGUCGAGGGCACCAUCGUGCCUAACGGUACCAAGGUGCCCGGCACCAACUACCAGCUCGACCCUAUUCGUGGUGCAUUCAAUAUCGGCACGGCGAUCCGGUGGCUGGACUUCAACGACUGCUUCCUCGCUGCAGAGUGGGGGCACCCCUCAGACAACCUUGGGGCCAUCCUCGCCGUCGCCGACCACCUCUCCCGCAAGGGCCAGCCCCUGACGGUGCAUGAGGUGCUCGAGGGCAUGAUCAAGGCGCACGAGAUCCAGGGUGGCCUGGCGCUCCUCAACUCGUUCAACCGUGUCGGCCUGGACCACGUCGUGCUUGUCAAGGUUGCCAGCACGGCGGUCGUCUCCAAGCUAAUCGGCCUCGACCGUCAGCAGACGAUUGACGCAAUUUCCCAAGCAUGGGCCGAUGGCCAGUCACUCCGCACGUACCGUCAUGCACCCAACACCGGUUCCCGCAAGUCGUGGGCUGCUGGCGACGCCUGCUCGCGGGCAGUGCACCUCGCCUACCUCGUGAAGCGCGGCGAGCAGGGCAUGCCCUCUGUCCUCACUGCCAAGACGUGGGGCUUCUAUGACGUCCUCUUCAAGGGCAAGCCGUUUGAGUUCCAGCGGCCGUUUGGUACCUACAUCAUGGAGAACGUGCUCUUCAAGAUCUCGUACCCGGCCGAAUUCCACGCGCAGACGGCUGUCGAGGCUGCGCACAUCCUCCACAACAAGCUGAAGGAGUUGGGCAAGAGCAGCGAUGACAUCAAGAGCAUCCGCAUCCGCACCCAGGAGGCCGCUAUGCGUAUCAUCAACAAGAAGGGCCCGCUCGACAACUUUGCCGACCGAGACCACGACAUUAACUACAUGGUCGCGUACCCGCUCAUCUUCGGCGAGCUCACCUCGGAGUCGUAUACCGAUAAGGCGGCUCAGGACCCACGCAUCGACGCGCUCCGUGCUAAGAUCACCUGCGUCGAGGACACCCGGUUCAGCACCGAGUACCACGAGCCCGAGAAGCGCUCGAUCUCCAACGCCCUCCUGGUCGAGCUCAACGACGGCACGGUGCUCGACGAGGUCGAGAUUGAGUACCCCGUCGGCCACAAACGUCGUCGCGAGGAGGGUACCCCCUUGCUGCUCCGGAAGUUCGAGAACCACAUCAAGCCGCACUUCCCUACGCACCGCCAGAAGGAUAUCCUGGAGCGUGUUAACAACGCAGAGGGCCUCAACAAGCUCCCCGUUCACAAGUUCACUGACCUCUUCGUCAAGAAUUAAGCGCGCAUAGAUAUGUCAGGCUACACAACACACUUCCGCAUUCAUCAUGUGCUUUGUACUAGUACGACGCACCAACACAACAUCUUCUGGAAUCUCUCGAUGCACCAACCU